AUGAAGCUACUGCUCUUCACUUCACCUGAAUCUGGCAUGGAGAGAACCGCCCGAAAGGAGAUGGUGCUUCAUCUUGCCGUGAAGAACAACCGCUUUGAAGCAGUCAUUGCGUUGGUGGAGCAUCUGAAGCAGAACGAGAAGGAGCAGGUGAUCAAUUGGAAGGACCACAAAGGCAACACCAUCUUGCAUCUUGCCGCUACCGUCAAAAAUUUCAAGGUGGUUGACUUCAUGCUUAAGUACGAGGCUGUGGAGGUGAAUGCCUCGAACGAGAGUGGCUUGAUGCCUCUUGAACUCUCAACUCUCUUGCAAAGAGGAGCAAGAGAUAGAGAGAUCACAGAAAUUCUCGCCCAAGCUGGAGCCACGCACGGAAAAGGAAGAUCAAACUCACCCACUUCAAUAUCAUUCCCGGCGGACGACAACAAUAUUGAGGGAGCUAACAGUCAUCAAUCAGAUGGGGAACCAGUCACAAAUGCCCCUCAAUCAUUAUAA